GCCUGUUGCUAUGGGGAAUAAGGGAUCAGUAAACAGAAUGACUGGAGUCCACCUCAGGCCUGAGACAACGCGAAGAAAGCUGAGAAAAUAGGUAUCCCUUCGGUUUAGCAAUGGCCCAAGUAAUUGAUUUGGUACCAUGGCCUGAAGAUGGCCAUCGUGUCUACACGGCCCCAGCUGUGCUCCUGCCCCUGGACCCUAGGAAAGUCAUGCUGGCUGGAGUAAAGGACAGGCUUUUCCACCCAGACCUGCCAACCUUACGGCGAAUGGACAUGGACUCAGCAGGGAACAAACUCCCAGAUGAACAUUCCAGGACAAUCACGGCCUGCACCAAAGAGGAUUUUGCCAACGCAUCCUUCACUCUGGGAGGAGUCCCCAACAAGCGCCUCUCAUCGCUGGGGAUGACCGAGCUGGGCCAGUCCCUCACUGCAAGGUACCGAGCAGGGAAGAUGGCUCCGCUCACUCCCAGCACUAACCACGAGGAAUGGCCAAGCUACACACAGGCGAUGGCUGACUGGUCACGCUUCAUCUCCUCUGCUGGAGAAUUCAAGCUACCCAGCGUGAAUAAGAAAGUGCUCGGGUUCAGCUGUUACGCCGUCAGGUACUUAAAGCCAGACGUCUCUCAGACAUGGAGGUACUGCCUCAAUCAGAACCCCAGCCUGGACAAAUAUGGACAGAAGCCCCUCCCUUACAACAGCACCAAUACUUUCAGGAGCUUUGGGUCAGCCUACAGCCGCUCUCACUACCUCCAGCCCUGGCGCUAGACGGCAGGAAACAGGAAAGGGUGUGGAGCCAGAGGUGAAUCUACUUGGCCUCCGACAGCCAGGUCCAACAGCCAAAGCGCACAGGAUCCAAGGGCAGCCGUGGGGAAGGGCAGGAGAUACACAUUGGUUCCACUUCCUAGCAAAUAAAAACCACGCUUAAAAUGUCUAAAUAUAAACGAAGAGAGGAUGAGGGAGGGACUUCCUGGAGGUUUUCAGACCUUUCUCUCCCCUACCCUGCCAUUCAGCCUGAGCUGUGAGGAAACCAGGAAUGGAAAGUUGGUGUGAGCUGGAAAAGAAAGAUGUUUGCUGGACAUUUUCAGAGAUGCACCAGUCAAUUAUAUGCAGAAGCACCAAAAGGCCCCAGUCAAAGAUGAAGGCACCACUGCGCUAGGUGCUGUACAUAUAUCAAAGAUACAGGCUCUUCUCCUUCCCUGCCAUGCACAUGUAGCUCAAACAAAGAAUGCUGGGCACUGAGGCAACCCUUGUGUCCUGUCUGUUGGAGAUGUCCACAGUGUCCCGGUUCUCUUCCCCCCCAACCUCCCCAUCCAUCUAAACCUGCUAGCAUUUACUUCCUGUCAUUCACUGGGAUAAGGCUCAACUCUCCCGCACCCAGCCCUGACCUCCAGAGCACUCUGUGCCUCCCAGGGCCAGGGCCCUCCCCCUGCCAGCAAAUACCCUGUCUGCCCAGAGUCCCUGCGAGAGAGCCAUUUCCAUACCAUGACGCAGAACUUCCCAGCCCAGCUCUCUGUGCCUACUGGAUAGCGUCAUGCCUAGCAGCAUUCUGCACGGUCUGGCAGAGCAGAUUUAGGAAUAGUUGGAAGGUGCCUUUAAAAUGGCCACAGGCCUAGGCUGGCCCAGUGGAGCUCUUUAAACUUGGGUGAGUCAGCCCCUCUGUGCCUCAGUUCCCCGCCUGUGAAAUGGGGAUGGAUAUUUGCACUGCUCUGCCUCUCAGGACUGUCGUGAGGAUAAAUACCUGAAUUGUGCAGGGCUCAGAUGCUACAGUGAUGGGGUACGUGUCUUGCUCCCAGUUAGACAGACAAGCUGGGCGUAACAAAGCAAGUUACUGGAGAGCACGGAGAAGCAGCACUGGAAUCGGGCCCUGCUGAGCGGACAGUCUUCGGACAGAUGCCAAAGCCAGAAAUGCAUGGCCCUGUUAGGAGCUGGUGAGGAAAGGGCCAUUGCAUUAAGUUUUACACUGACCCCUUGCUUAAGAGACAUUCCCGGGCUAUAAUGCUACCCGGAGAUGGGUGCUAAGGGAAGGCAUGGAGCUGCAUUAUGCCAGCAAGAAAUAGCCACAGUAUGUUUGAUGCUUAACCAUGGGGCAAAAAUAGAUCCCUUCAACGCCAAAGUGCCUAAUUUCUGUGGCUAACGCAUUCUGGCACCUCCGCUUCGGUUGAAAUUGUAACAAAGGGCAGCUGCCACCAUCCAGCGAUCAAGGGCAUCAGCAGCGACUGGACGCCGGAACUUCAGCGCCAAAAGCACAAGCCCCUACCCCCCCCCCCCCCGGGGCAACUUGGAACGAAGCUGCAGCUGUUUGAGUGGCUAGUGCAAGACAUACUAACUAAGCCAGCCCAUUUCAGAAUCACCUCUUGGUAGAAGGUGCCGAAAUGGAAAGAAUUCAGAAGGCUUUGAGUCAAAGACUAACAUCUUAUCCUGGAGUUUGGCUUGGAGAAGAGUGGACGCAGACACAGGGAGGUAAUGCCAGGGAUAUAUUAAUUCUUAAAAACCUACACCAGAAAAAAACAGUAUUAAAAAGGUGGACAAGCACCCACACACCAAAUGGCUCAGUAAGAAAGGCCAAUAGUGGCAGAUGGGAGCCCAGUGCUAGGCAAUGUCCCAUACUCCCGGGAACUAGAUCUUCAUCUCUAUGAAAGGGCUUUAGAUUGAAUUUGGUUGAUUCCUUCUGGCGCGGUAUUCAUGGCACGUCCGUUGAUUAAAACCGGGCUGCGCAGCUCACUGGGCAUUGUACAGGGUUUCAGGACGGCAGCACAGUCCAAUGGAGUGGAGCACUGCCUGGGAAUCUACAGACCAGGCUUCUUAUCCCAGCUCUGCCAAUGACCUGGUCAAGUCACUGCACCUCUCCCUGCUUCUGCUUCCCCUCCCUCCCUUUGUCUUGUCCAUUACACUGAAAACUCUUCAGGACAGGGAGCGUUUCAUACCCUGCAUGCACAGCACCUAGCCGCACUCUCAGUGGGAACCUUGAGGGUCCUGUAAUAACGGGUGUAUGAAAUAGCGUGAAGCACCUACAGCCAAGGACAGGCAUGGGGAAAAGAUCAGGAAAGAAACCACAACAGCAGGAUGCUGGAGUAGCUUUUAAUAGGGUAAUUGUACUAGAGCGAUGCAGUCCUAACCCAGCAACCACAGCCACACCGCUCCACACAGGGCAUACCGCAGCAACAGUUGCUCGGUCACAAGACAAGUAACAGGGUUGGGGCAAGUUGGUGCCUGCGAUGUAGUUCUAUUCCGGGCCGUUCACAUUCUGCCUCACCCUCUUAAACACAAGGACAAGCGCCAAAAUCCUACCUGAAAGCUACGAAUGCUUUUUCGGGACAACUAAAAAGCCAUUCAAUGUACGUUAAGCCUGUGCAAUUACUGGUUUUGAGGCAGGAUGAAAGGAGUCUGUAAAAUGAAGGUUAUCCCUUCUCUGCUUCAGUAUAUUUCAGGUGGAAAACACAUCACACGUUUAUACAGAGCACAGUUCUGUCACCCAUGUGCGGAGCAGUAGGAUUUACCUGUAGGAGGUAGGGGCGUCUCAGCGAGACCGGAUGGCAGAGUCAGGCCCAGAAGAGAGCAGGCAGACACCCCAGCUGUCUAGUUGCUUGGAAGAUCUCAUAGUACUUUCUUGUUCAUUGAUGAGACCCAAAAGUAGCAGGGAGACUUCUGUUACCUGCCAUUGAACAAGGCAUUGCCAAGGGCAUUUAACAAAAUGGAAAAGUGGAGUUAAGAGACUAAUACUUAUUUCUGUGUGGCAGGCCCCUCCAAGCAGGGUUAGAAGGAGCUUUUGGUACAGAAAUCAGUGUUCACCAAUUCUAUUGUGCAGUUAAAACCUACCUCAGAACUUUGAGUUGCUCAGUCCACUCACACUGCUGUAAAGGCCAUGUUCAUCGCCUGCAAGGAGCCUUACCCCGACUCUACAUCCCCGAGAGCUUUAUAGGGGCACCAAUAUAAUGGCUAUCACAGCUUUGAUUCCAAAGGAAGUUUCAGCUCAUGCUGCCCAUGCCUCAGUGUGUUUUGACGAGCACAGCGGUCUUGUGCCUAGGGUCAGUUUAGAGUGGACAGGCUAAGUUACUAGAGAGCAGAGCUUUAGAGCCAUGAGGAAGGAUAAAAGAGGGAGAUACAGUGCUCUUCCCGGUCUAUCCAGGGAAGGUGGAUGAUCAAAAGGCAACUUACAAAUAACAGGACAUAUCUGUUUCUACGACAAUUAGGAGGUCAAAUCAAAUACAGUAUUUCACUUUCCAGCGAGCUAGGAGUAACAGCACAGAACACUACCAGCUCCUGUCAGUAAACAGUGACCCCAGUCCCUGAAACGGAGAGAAGCCUCCAUGAUCUUUGACACAGGCCCAAUUAAAGGGAUUGCACAGAAAGGUGGAAACGAAAGAAACAAGCCGAGAAAUAAAACAGCCUUUCAGUACUUUCAAAGCAGCAUGAAGCCUUUCAGUUGAGUGGAUUCCAACCACUUCCCCACUGGUACUUAGCUGAUUGCUUCCAUUGGAGCCCUGCAUCACAGUAGGAUGGGAAUAAUGCCUAUAAAUAUAAUAGCCUCUGAUGCUACUCACAUUCCCACCUGUGUGGCAUGCUGGUUUAAAGUUAGACUGAGAAUGACAACGGGAGAGGUUUUCAAGGCCAACAGAGCCAAUGAAAAGAUUAGGAGUGCUUACCUUACAGAGGAGACGACACGGAGCAAACAUGUUAACAAUACACAAAACAUCGAGUGGUCUGGACAAGGAGUAUUGACUGGACACUGCUACCCAUCCUCUCAAACAUUUUAGAUGUGGAAAGUGAGGCCGCGAGGGGACGUGCCCAUGGUCACUCAGCUAAUCAGUGUCAGAACCAAGAACAGAACUCUGGUCUCCUGAUUUGUGGAAUGGGAAAAGCAGUAGCCCUUAAACAGCACUGAACAAUGCAAAUACCAUCACAGGCAACGCAAGCUGGUAGGAGAAUUCCAGAGUAGCACCACCGAGUUACUCAAGGUGGUGGUGGGGGUAGGCACAGAAGAGGUUUUUCCAAUCACAGAACAGCUUUUUUCAAAAAAAAAAAAAAAAAAAACUAAGUGUGAUGAGAAAUGGUCGCCAUUGUGGAUAUUCUUUCUAAACACCUUUCCAUGACAUCAUUCAUUUCCCAAAGACGUUUUCUAAAUUACUGAAACUCCUCGUUGACCAAACCCCAGUUUCCAGUAACAAAACAGUGUUUUUGGUAAACGACAAAUGUCUAUCGCAGUUUCAAAAGCUAUUGCAAAAUAAAAGAGGGGGACCCCACCAACUUUGAACCCUGUGAAACAGGAACCACUUCAACAUUUUGAGCAGAGUCGUGUUCCCACUGUUUGGCCAGCUCUACUUAUUACUCGUUAGAAUUUAGCCAGCUCUUAACCCUUUGAUUUAUGCAGAUUUCUUGGUUUUAUCGUUAUUUAGCGAAUUCCAAAUCAAAAGACACUUACUGUGCAAAGCUGCCAGCGUUUGGGGGGUGAACCUGCCCCAAAGACAUACAAUAUUAUCUGAUGCUCUAGAACAAAGUUCAAACAGUUCCAUAUUUUAAAACCCUAAAACACAAUUUAACUCCCCCCGCCCCAUGUCUGGCUUGGAAAUAACCUUACAAAGAAUAAGGAAGCUAGGCAGUGGUGAGGGGAACCCCCCCCCCCCCCAUUUACAUCAAUAAUUAGACACAAGGCUUGAAAAACAUGCCACAGAAGUUUUAAUGCAUCUGGUCAGAACCAUGCUUCUCUCCCCUCCAAAAAGCCAGGAACCCCAGCAGCACAGAGCCACUCACUCAAUACUGACCCAGAAGGGAAGGCAGCCACCUAGCUGAAUUGCCAGCACCACCUUCCUGAAGGAUCUAGGCCAGGGGUUCUCACAACAAAUUUUUUGCUGGCCUCAGAGUGCGGCCACCAACUCUUGCUGGUGGCUGCUCUGCCAAUUUUUUCCUAAAAUACUUAAUUAACUUUAGGAAAAACAAAUAAAUAUGCACAUAUCCAUGUCCAAAUCAUUGUAAUUUAUUUAUGUAGGGGUUUGGGUUUUUUGCAGACUCAAUAAUAAAAAUAAUGUACAGUUGUCCCUAUUCUUUACUGGACCUAAAGAGAAUAGAAACACAAAAGGUGCUUUGCAUGUUUUGCUUCUUUGGGUUGAUUUUUUUUUUUUAAAGACUUGCUAGCUAGUAAGUCUGCUAUUGUGAAAAGUGAUGUUUGUAUUUUUGUUAAUAACACUUUUCACAGCAGACUUACUCAGCCCUGGCAAGCUGAGGAACAAAUUAAACCCUGGAUGGGGAGGUGGGUAAGGAGGCUGGAGGGCCAGGGCAAUGGAGGACUGGAUGGGGAGGUGGAAGUGAAGGUCAGGGCGAUGGGGUGAGUCUGGGGAUGGAGCCUGGAAUCCUGCUGCUCGGGUGAGGGCUGGAGGAGGCAGCAAGAUCCAGGGGCGAUGUGGGGGCAUGGGGGGACGGGUUGAGCCCAGGGCCGGAGCCUGAAGCCCUGGGACUGGGGGACAGAGCCUGCUGCUGCCGCAUGGCCAGAGCCUGCCGCCCACCACCCCAGGGCAGAAGCCCAAAGCCCAAGCCCCACUGCCCCCAGGAAGGUGGAGAACUCACACUGGUUGCCUGCUCCUAGUGUUAGUGGCUCCAGAAGAGGGCAGGGACCAACCCCUGCUGGCAACCCUGGGGGAGGGGCCUCUUCUUUGUUCUCCCCCCUCCCAGAAUCACCAUCCAGGAGGCUGUGGCUGCAAGAAAAGCCCACGGUGGCCACAUUUGAGAAACGCUGAUCUAGGCCUUAAUUAAAGAUUUCCCAGCCAUAUGAUGCUGCCCUGCCCAGGUUAGGGGGUCAAAGUCUCAGGCAAGUCUCCCUUCACAAUAAAGGAUCUAAGCACGCAAUAGAUCCAACUUCUAGGAUACAGAAUUGGAACAUUUCCCCUCCCCCUCAAAACCAGGAAAACGUAACAUGCUGUCCACAUAGUGCAGUGACAUUAUGGGCUGUUUCUAGGAAGCCAAGAAUUUCAUUCACUGAUGCAAGUGCUACUUAACACAGACCUGGGUUCUGUUCCCAGCUUUGCCACUACGUCACUUUCCCUCUGUGCGCCUCCUUUCCCAACCUGUAAAAUGCAGUGACUACUUACCCUUCUUUUGUCACAGUGCUUGGAGAUCUAGGGCUGUAUAUUUAUAAGCAGGACCAUUUAGAAGGGAGAAAUGUUUU